ACGUAGCCAGCCAAUUAACUUCGUUCUACGUGGGAAUAUAACGCGACAUUCCCGAUAACCGUUUUCUCUCAUAGAUACCUCCAGCUCGAACGCAAUGGCGAACAACCUUCUUCGAAGUCCAGCACAUGCAAGCACAAUUCCCUUUUCUCGGCCUCCAACUCCUGGAGCACAUCCUCUUCAAAUCGGCUUCUGUGGUCUUGGGGCCAUGGGCUAUUUCAUGGCCCGCAAUCUAGCUAACUCCUUUAAAUCUCAACUACCGCCCCUCCUUGUGUACAACAGGACUGUGGCAAAGUCUCAGAAACUCCUCGCAGAAGUUGGCGCAUCCGCCGUCAAAAUCGCCGACACUCUCGACCAGCUGGCUACGGAGUGUGACAUUAUCUUUACUAAUCUCGGGAACGAUGCUGUGGUAACGAGCAUCUACAACGAGUUUGCAAAGGCUCUUGCUCAAUCGCCUCCAACCAAGGUCAAAAUCUUCGUUGAAAUGAGCACAGUUUACCCUACGUUGGCUGGCGAUCUUGACAGACUGCUGUCGAGCUUUCCGCAUGUCCACUUUGUCACUUCACCCAUAUUUGGACCUCCCCCAGGGGCAGAUAAGGCCACGCUUGUCAUUGCCAUGAGUGGAGACUACCGGUCCAAGAAGGAAGUCGCCUUUCUCCUUGUCCCUGCAGUGGGCCGCAAGGUGAUUGAUCUCGGAGGAAAUGUAGAAAAAGCUCCGACACUAAAGUUGAUCGGUAAUGGUAUGAUCAUGGGUAUGAAUGAGCUCCUCGCCGAAACUCUGACGCUCGGAGAAAAGUCUGGCAUCGGACAGCAGACUGUAUACGAUCUGGUGAAAGGUAAACUUCGGGACAUAUCCUGCUCUACCUCGACAGGGAGCUGACAAUGAUCGUAUUCAGAAAUCAUGCCGGCACCAGG